ACGCAGGCCCUCUUUUCGGGGGCCCUGCCCUCCCCGCACGGUCUGCGAGCGCCAUGGAGCGCGCGGCGUGUCCGUUCCGAAAUGCCUUCUCGGAUCGGGUUCUCGAAAGCAAAGCCCCGGGGGCCCCGCUGGACUGCGGCCUGCCGGACUGUGGUCCACGCGCCGAUCCCCGGGCGCCGCGGGGGGAUCCCGCCGGGGCUCCCCAUCGGGCUCCCGAGCCGCUGCCGCGCCCAGGGGCCCCGUUCCUGCCUGCCAGCCCGCACUCAGAGGAACGGCGCACCCUCGGGGUCCGCCCCGAACCUGCCAGCUCCGCGCUCGCGGCACCUGGACAGCCCCGGGACUCUGCCAGGUGGAUGUUGUGUGUAGCCGGAGCCAAGCUGAAGGUGGAAUUCUUGGAAUCCUGUGUUUGAAUCUUAUUCUAGCAAAGCAUUGAGACACUUUUUACUUAUGGCCGUUCAUUUUGUUGAAGCUGUUUGAAGAGGGGCCCCAUGACCUCUCGUUGUGGCCCACUACUGUUUACCUGGACGUUCCAGUCAUGCUGGGCAUUUUAGGGACGAGAUGCCUCCGUAUGCUUGGAUGCCUGGGAGAACUGUGCAUGCGGAUCAUGGGGUGAAAAAGGAACUUUCCUGGCAUAAUUAGGCAAGCGAUUUAAUAUCUGUAUUAUGUAACUUUUAUAGCAAAGAAGUUGUGAGUUCAUUUGUAAUUUCUGAUUUAAUAAACAUGUAUUGUCAUGUACAUUUGGAGUCCAUUUUAUUAUACCCUGAUAAUGACUAGAA